GGUCUUCCUUUAGAAAAGGGCUAAAAGCCUAAAAAGCUAAAAAAACCUCUUACUUACAUGAUAUCCCCUCAUGAGCAGCAACAGCAGCAACUCGAGGACUCUGUUACAGCAGGGAAUGGUAUUUCCAUUAGUGAAGCUAGGAUCCCUAGCGUUACGAACCAUCUGCAAACCCAUCGCUAAUAGCCUCAAAAAACAAGCUGGAAUCAGCCCUGGAUUCCGUCAAUUCAUCGUCAACAUUGCCCAGGCGAAUCAUAGGUUUACGACAAAGUUGCAAAGACAUGCUUCUGGUCGUGUAACUGAUGCGGUUAUUAGGCCUUUGAACGAAGAGAGAGCUGUUCAAGCCGCUGCUGAUCUUCUUGGGGAACUCUUUGCCUUCUCGGUUGCAGGGGCGGCUCUUGUCUAUGAGGUGCAGAGAAACGCCAGAGGAGAAGCUAGAAAAGAAGAGAAGCGACAAGAAGAACUACAGGAGUUCAGACUCAGACAUAAGAAGAUGGAGAAGGAAGUGGAAGAGAUGAACCAAAGGAUCUUCAUGAUCUCUGAAGCUCUUACUAAACAACAACUCGCUGAAGAAGAAGCUCUUUCUAAACAAAGAGCUCUAGCUGCCGAAGAGCUUUCUAAACAAAGAAAAUCUGCAGAAGAGGUUUCUAAACCAAGAGGACUCGCUUGGCUCUACAGUUUCGUUUAUUGUGGGAGUGCUCCUGAGAAGGAGAGCUAAAGAUACAAAACCCUUGCCCUCUUCAGCUUUUGCUUGUAAUAUAGUUUCUAUCUUUCUGAUAUAACCAGAUUAGUUAAUUGCAGAAGAGAAAGAGACAUGUGUUUGUUUAGGCUUCCAACAAUUAUCUCAUAAACCCCCAAAUUCUUAGUCUAGAGGAUGUCCUUGAUUAUGACAUGGUCAAUAACUUUUUCUCACUAUGAAGACCCUGUUGUAUAUUUUCUUUUCUUUUUUUCUUAAAUGGAUUUAUUGGUUUAUUGA